CGAAAGACACAGAUAAGCAGAGACCCAGCUAUGCAAACCAUGUUUAGAGACACUUAAAGGACAAGCAUCUCAGGUCCUUUCUUUCUGGUAAAUUCGGAGAAGCCAUCAUCCCGGGUCUUUUUUCACAUCCAGCCCAUGAGGACCGAGCAGCCCAGACUUGACGGAGGUACAUCAUGUAUGUGACUAAAGAAAUUUGCAUUAUCCAUUGGAAAUAGAAAGACCAACUCAAAAUUUCCAGCAUCUGUGCUCCUCGGGUUGGCUUUGGGAGGAGGAUAACCUAUCAACAUGAACUACGGAUCUGAGUAUCUUGGAACGUAAGAAGUAGGUUGGGACAGUUGGAAGUCUACCAUUGUACAACAUGCUGCAUUUAGGACUCUCUCCUACAUUUUCAAUGGGAUUUCAUCUGUUAGCCUUCGUGGCUCUCUUAUUUUCCCAUGUGGACCUUAUUAGUGCUGACACAGAAAUGGAAGGAGAAGGCAAUGAAACCGGCGAGUGUACUGGCUCAUAUUACUGUAAGAAGGGAGUGAUUUUACCCAUUUGGGAGCCCCAAGACCCUUCCUUUGGAGACAAAAUUGCUAGAGCUACCGUGUAUUUUGUGGCCAUGGUCUACAUGUUUCUCGGAGUCUCUAUCAUUGCCGACCGGUUCAUGUCCUCUAUAGAAGUCAUCACGUCUCAAGAAAAAGAAAUAACUAUAAAGAAACCCAAUGGAGAGACCACCAAGACCACUGUGAGGAUCUGGAAUGAGACCGUUUCCAACCUGACCUUGAUGGCCCUGGGUUCUUCUGCUCCAGAGAUUCUCCUUUCAGUAAUUGAAGUGUGUGGCCAUAACUUCACUGCGGGAGACUUAGGUCCCAGCACCAUCGUGGGAAGUGCUGCAUUCAAUAUGUUCAUCAUUAUCGCACUCUGUGUUUACGUGGUCCCAGAUGGAGAGACGAGGAAGAUUAAGCAUUUGCGUGUGUUCUUUGUGACAGCAGCCUGGAGCAUCUUUGCUUAUACUUGGCUUUACAUUAUUUUGUCUGUCAUCUCUCCUGGGGUCGUGGAGGUCUGGGAAGGUUUGCUUACUUUCUUCUUCUUUCCCAUCUGUGUUGUGUUCGCUUGGGUAGCAGACAGGAGGCUUCUGUUUUACAAGUAUGUCUACAAGAGGUAUCGGGCUGGCAAGCAGAGGGGAAUGAUCAUUGAACAUGAAGGAGACAGGCCAUCUUCCAAGACUGAAAUUGAAAUGGAUGGGAAAGUGGUCAAUUCCCAUGUCGACAAUUUCUUAGAUGGCGCCCUAGUUCUGGAGGUUGAUGAGAGGGACCAAGAUGAUGAAGAGGCUAGGCGAGAAAUGGCUAGGAUUCUGAAGGAGCUCAAACAGAAACAUCCAGAGAAAGAAAUCGAGCAAUUAAUAGAAUUAGCUAACUACCAAGUCCUAAGUCAGCAGCAAAAAAGUCGAGCAUUUUACCGCAUCCAAGCUACCCGCCUGAUGACUGGAGCUGGCAACAUUUUAAAGAGGCAUGCAGCUGACCAGGCAAGGAAGGCUGUCAGCAUGCAUGAGGUCAACACUGAAGUGGCUGAAAAUGACCCUGUCAGUAAGAUCUUCUUCGAACAAGGGACCUAUCAGUGUUUGGAGAACUGUGGUACUGUGGCCCUGACCAUUCUCCGCAGAGGUGGUGAUUUGACCAACACUGUGUUUGUUGACUUUAGAACAGAGGAUGGCACAGCCAAUGCUGGGUCUGAUUACGAAUUUACUGAAGGAACUGUGGUCUUUAAGCCUGGUGAGACCCAGAAGGAAAUCAGAGUUGGCAUCAUCGAUGAUGAUAUCUUUGAGGAGGAUGAAAAUUUCCUUGUGCAUCUGAGCAACAUUAAAGUAUCUUCCGAAGCCUCAGAAGAUGGCAUCCUGGAAGCAAAUCAUGUUUCUACACUCGCUUGCCUCGGCUCUCCCUCCACCGCCACUGUGACUAUCUUUGAUGAUGACCAUGCUGGCAUCUUUACUUUUGAGGAACCUGUGACCCAUGUGAGCGAGAGCAUUGGCAUUAUGGAGGUGAAGGUAUUGAGAACAUCUGGAGCCCGAGGAAAUGUAAUUGUUCCCUAUAAAACCAUCGAAGGGACUGCCAGAGGUGGUGGGGAGGACUUUGAGGACACUUGCGGAGAGCUCGAGUUCCAGAACGAUGAAAUUGUCAAAACAAUAUCAGUCAAGGUAAUUGAUGAUGAGGAGUAUGAGAAAAACAAGACCUUCUUCCUUGAGAUUGGAGAGCCCCGCCUGGUGGAGAUGAGUGAGAAGAAAGCCCUGUUAUUGAAUGAGCUUGGUGGCUUCACAAUAACAGGAAAAUACCUGUAUGGCCAACCUGUCUUCCGGAAAGUUCAUGCUAGAGAACAUCCGAUCCCCUCUACAGUAAUCACCUUUGCAGAGGAAUGUGAUGACAAGCAGCCGCUGACCAGCAAAGAGGAAGAGGAGAGGCGCAUUGCAGAAAUGGGGCGCCCCAUCCUGGGAGAACACACCAAGCUGGAAGUGAUCAUUGAAGAAUCCUAUGAAUUCAAGUGGGGAUUCGAGGAUGCUCUGACAAGUACCGUGGACAAACUUAUUAAGAAGACAAACUUAGCCCUUGUGGUUGGGACAAACAGCUGGAGAGAGCAGUUCAUUGAAGCCAUCACUGUCAGUGCUGGGGAAGAGGACGACGAGGACGAAUGUGGGGAGGAGAAGCUGCCCUCCUGCUUCGAUUACGUGAUGCAUUUCCUGACUGUGUUCUGGAAGGUCCUCUUCGCCUUCGUCCCCCCCACAGAGUACUGGAACGGCUGGGCCUGUUUCAUCGUCUCCAUCCUCAUGAUCGGCAUCCUGACAGCCUUCAUUGGAGACCUGGCUUCUCACUUCGGAUGCACCAUCGGCCUGAAAGAUUCUGUCACUGCGGUCGUGUUCGUUGCACUUGGAACUUCAGUACCAGAUACAUUUGCAAGUAAAGUGGCCGCCACUCAGGACCAGUACGCAGAUGCAUCCAUAGGUAACGUCACCGGCAGCAACGCAGUGAACGUCUUCCUGGGAAUCGGCGUGGCCUGGUCCAUUGCUGCCAUCUACCACGCGGCCAAUGGGGAACAGUUCAAAGUGUCCCCUGGCACGCUAGCUUUCUCUGUCACUCUCUUCACCAUUUUUGCUUUCAUCAAUGUGGGGGUGCUGCUGUAUCGGCGAAGGCCAGAAAUCGGAGGUGAGCUGGGUGGGCCCCGGACUGCCAAGCUCCUCACCUCCUGCCUCUUCGUGCUCCUGUGGCUCUUGUACAUUUUCUUCUCCUCCCUGGAGGCCUACUGCCACAUAAAAGGCUUCUAAAGGAACAGUCAGAUAUAGUAAAUUUAUAUAUAUAUACGUACAUAUAUAUAUAUACAUAAAAUAUUAUGUAUAAUGAACAGAGGAAACUGACAUUUGUCAUGUUCACUUACCUGCUGAUGGAACCCAGCUUCAAGAGAAUACUCUGUACUAGGGCCGAAGUGAGAAGCCAUCACCUCCUAUUCCCAGGGGCAUCACCACCUUGAACAAGGCGUGGAGGCAGGGGCAUCUUUGCAGCUCAGCCUAGAAGGACUGUGUUCUCUCCAGGUUCAUAAAUCAUUAAGUCGUUGAUUUGUUUUCUGUUUCUGCUUGUUUUUGGUGGGGGCUGGGAGGCGGUUGGCGUUGGACUUUUUUAUUUUGUCUUGUUUUGUGGGAGGUCAAUGUUUUUGUUUCUCUUGUGGGAGGUGAUGAUCAAUCCAAGUGCAAAUGGGUUGUUUGGGUUUUUUUUUUUUUUUUUUGGUGAAAAUUUAAAUCAUGACAAUUACCCUUUUCCCAAACACUUUAAAAAUUAUUUGGGAUUCAGAAAGGAUGCGGGCACGGAAGAAGAGGCAGGUCUCCACCCUAUCACUAAAUUUUGUGCUUCUCUCUGGAACAUGAGCAGAGAUAAAGCUGCCUCCAAGAAGAAGCAUGGGAGCUUGAAUGGAGUCAGGAGAAGCGAUGGUUCUAGAUACAGUCCAAUAUUUAAAGAUAUGACGCCUGACAUCUUGUUCAACAGGUACAGGAAUAACGUGCCUAGAUUCCCAAGAACAUACAAAAUCAUUUAUUUCUUAUCUCUUUAGCUCUGGACUGUGACUAGCAAGGCCCUCAUUCUGAUUUUGCAGCCUGGCUGACCCCCCAGAUCCUCCAUCCCAACCCUCUUCCCCCUGCCCACUGUCUCUCAGGCAAACAGGAAUAACCCCGUUCAGAAAAGCACAUCAUUGUUUUCCAUUUGCAUCAUGUGUGUCCCAGUCCCAUAUUUGCUGUUGCCUGGGAUCAUUCAUUGGUUUUAGUUUUGAAAGUGUCCAUGGCUUGCACAAUCCUGUUCUAGUCAUGACUGAACGUUUGCUCCUUCCUCAUCUGCCUGUUUGGGAAUGUUGUUGUGAUACCUGUUACACAGUGCAUGGAUGAAAAAACAAAAUAAGCGUAUCUGUAUAUAGUAGAGUAUAGCGUAUAAUGUUCUCCCAUUCAGCAAUGUUGACUGGACAUUGAAGAUAGAAGUGAGUUUCCUUUUCACCUGAGUUGUAACAUUUGUGUUGUUACUGAGUUCAGUUUUGCUAGGGAUAAAAGGAGAAAAUGGCUUAUCCAUGGACCUGCACAUCCAUUUCUAAGAAGCAAUAACAGUUCAUUGGGAAGUUAAAGCUCCUGAGAGGACAGCAGGCAAAUUACCAAGUAUCUUCAUGGGAAAUUAGCCAUGUGGAAUACACCACAGGCCUCUAACGAAUCACCUGUUGAUGAUUCCAGAGGGCUAAGGAGAAAGGUGUAGAGCAGUGGCCGGAGUCGAUGUGCCCAGGCUUUGAGAGCGUCUGCUUCCCUGACACCCACCCCUGCCCCCAAAGUAUUUAUUUCACUUCUGCUCUGUCUGGCACAGAUGGUAGAUAGUGGUUUGUUCAUUUUAUUUUUUUACAUAAAAGGCUAUUUUGAGCCCUGUUACUCUCACCAUCCAGACUCCUCUGAUUGUAUCGGCAGUUCCUGAGUAGGAAAGAAGCCAGGGAGACCCGUGGACUUUUAAAAGAGCAUGACUUAUGACUUAGGAGUAAGCAAUCAAAUGAGAUGAGUGCCUCCCCGGAGGACUGCACUGGGAGGUUUUUAACCCUGGAAAAGGAACGGCUCUUUCUAUUUCAGAAUACCAAAGAGCACGGAUAAACCCAACAUUCCAAAGUAGUGAGUCUCGUAAUGAGGAAAAAUGGAAUGACUUUGGUCCCAUCUCAGAGUCUUCUCUAUAAAGCAUCCCACAUCAGAGACACGACUGGCCCUCUGUAUUGAUUCAAAGAUACUUAAGAGAUAAAAGCUAUUCAGCGUUACUUUCUCUUCUUCUACUCAGUAAUCAUGAUCACUCAUCAUUUCAUAAACAUUCGGUGACUGAAUGAAAAAUUAACUGCUGGUUACUACUCGAUAUAGCCGGUACUGGGCUACUCUUGGGGACUAAACCAUGAACAGGACAAACCCAGAUCCCUGCCUUCAGGGGGCUCACGGCUACUGCGAUGGCUCUCUUCAUGGGGAAAAGUUAGCACAGCCAUAGGAAAACAGUUUUAUCUUGCAGGGAAAAAACACAAUUACCAAACUCUUAACAUAAACACACUGAAACUGUACACAUACAACUGUCCAAAUAUCUGAGAUUUUAACUUAAAGGGAUAAAGCACAGGGUAGGGGAAGCAUCGUCUGUGUCCUUGGCCAGCCUUGCAGAUCUGUACAUCUCUCCACCGUAAACCAAGAAGGGCAAUCACAGUGGUCCAGAGGACUGAACAUGUCCAAUCAAUCCCCGUUUGUGUCUUUGUUGGACAAUAGUACUUUUCUAUGCCCCACACCUCUACCGUUCCUCACAUCUCCAGGAGACUCACCCCAGCAGGCCGUGGUCCAAAACUGGCCUAACUCUUUUGGGGGCACAUUCUAACCCAUUUUUUUAAGAUUUAGUAAAUGGAAAGCUAGCCUAGAAACACCAAGUAAAUAUAGUCAAAGGAUGUGAGUCGUUUAAAUAUUAGAUUUUUGAACUCAAUUUUAGCCAUAUUUGGAAUGUCAAUAAUCCUGUAGCAGAUUUUCACGGAGGACUUUCAGAAAUUCUUGCCACUGAAUUUUAAUUUCAGAGCUUUUUGGUUUGUUUGCUUUUUAAAGUUUCAUGUUAUAGGGAAAAUAUGAUUCUGAUUUUUCAGGGUUAAUAACUGUAGUUGUGUAAAAUUAUUUCAUUUUGUUUAUUUUGUGUGUGUUGUGCACAGCUUUAGGGGGGAAGUGCACUAAUUGUGCUGUUCCUUAUAAAUGGUACACAUUAUUGGCACAAAUAAAGUUUCUAAUUGUUUCUGAUUUAAUCACUAGUGAUACAGCAUAUUCUGUAUGGAAAUGUUUUCUCAUUGUCAUCUACUUCAUUUUUGUUUUCAUGUUUUGAAGAAAUAAAGACCAAAAAGGUA